UAUAAUUAUUUAGAGUAGAUCACUGGUCAAUUUGUGAAUAAGCAGUAUGAUAAACUUUUUGCAUCCUAUUCUCAAUCCAAAAGUAAUCUGUGAUAAAAGUGCAUUGGGUGGUUACGAGGCUAAGAAUUUAAUUAGUAAAAGUUAUAUAGAGAAGGCUAACGGAUUUUUGGCUUAUACAACUUUUAAGCCACCUAUUGACUUGGAUUUUGAAUUGAUUUGUCCUGUUGAUAUUCACUACAUCAUAAUCAAAAGCACUGUUGGUAAUCAUAGAUCUACUGGACUUGAAAUUCUUGCGAAAUGUUCCGAAAGUUUCGUUUCAAUUGGUAAAUCGUUUCAUGAUGAAGACGGAGUUGUGUUUCUUUCAAACGGUCGAUACACUAAAGACAAAUUGCCACCAAGUUUACCACAAAAUUACCAUAUUUGUUUCUUGAGGAGGGUAGGAAAUGUAUCACAUAAUACUAAAAAUAUCAAGAUCAGAAUAAUAAGGUCAGGUAAAUUUGUACCUUGUUUAGGUUCUAUAGAGGUUUGGGGACAAGUGGCAAGAAGUUGUGCUGAAGUAACAAAAAAUACUGUUGAAACACUGUAUAACAGACAUAAUACAGAUUCUAGUUCCCUUUUAUUGCCUCUGAUAGAGAAUGAAGCCAAUGAAAAGUGUAAAGAUACUGCUUCUGGAAACCAUGAUGGCAUACCUGAGGAUUUCAAAGAUAAUCUUACCUAUGAACUAAUGUCAGUACCUAUGACUCUUCCUAGUGGUAAAACAAUAGAUCAAAGUACAUUAGAUAAACAUAUAUCAUCUGAAAAGCAAUUUGGCAGAAAACCAGGGGACCCUUUCACUGGACUUAAAUUCACAGCAACAUCAAAACCUAUUCUGAAUGUUGCUUUGAAGUGUAGAAUAGACAUGUUUCUACUGAAAAAUUCAUCAGUACCUGAAUAUUUUAAUAAACCACGAACUGUAGGUCGUAAGCAAAGUGCAUCAAGUGAUAAUUGCUGUGAUAAUUAUGUGAAGAAAAUUAAGUUGGAUGAUGGGGAUGAAAUAACGAUUGACACAUUCAAAUUAAAAUUGAAACAAUUCAAAGAAGUCAAAACUAAAUGUUGUGUAGAGUGUGAAAGUUCGGAAGUACUGUUUGUUUUACCAUGUAAACAUAUAUAUUGCAGAAAAUGCUUAAAUGGAAUUUGUGUGUACUUGAAAUGUAAAUGCUGCUCUAAGAGCUUUUCAAGAAGCAAUGUUGAAAGGCUCCAUUUGUAAAUAAAUACUUCUCAAAGUG